ACAACCGGAAUGCUUAACACUCUUUACAGAAGAAGGAUAUCAAUAUUGUUAGCUCACACCCUUUACAUACGUUGCCUGAAAUAUAAAAUAAAAAUGGCAAUGACAAAAAAACAUUUCUGGAAAUGUCUUCUGGGAUCAAUAGCAGCUGUCAUCACCCUCCAAUUUGCUUUGCACUUCAAUAGCUUCUAUGUCCUUAAUAAUGUUAUUGAUAAAACAGAAGAGUUAUCUUUUUCUAAUGCGGUAAUGUCAAACCAAUCUAUCAUCAAGUUACCCUACUCUGAAUGCAAGGAAGACACUUCUGCCAGAAACUUUACCAAUUUUAAUAAAGAACCGCAGACCAUGAAGGAUUUUUUGACCUACCGUCAUUGCAGGAGUUUUCCACAGCUUCUUGACUCACCCAUGAAGUGUGGUGGACCAGCUAACUCAAAAGAAGUCUCUCUCUUGCUGGCCAUUAAAUCCUCCCCUGCCAACUAUGAGCGUCGGGAGGCUGUGAGAAAAACAUGGGGAGUGGAGAAAACCUACAAUGGAUUUCAGGUAAAGAGAAUUUUCCUCAUUGGAACACCAAAACAAAAAUAUGAGAAGCGGAUGAUGCAAUUGCUGACUAUUGAGAGUCAACUGUAUAAUGAUGUAUUGCAGUGGGAUUUUUAUGACUCUUUCUAUAAUUUAACUCUGAAACAGGUUUUGUUCCUGACCUGGUUUGAGGCUAAGUGUCCUGGAGCCAAAUAUAUUUUUGAUGGAGAUGAUGAUGUAUUUGUAAACACUGUGAAUGUGAUAACUUACUUAAACAGUCUAAGCAAAGAUGGAAACAAGCACCACUUAUUUGUAGGGGCAUUAAACACAAAUAUGCCUCCAAUUCGACAGACAAACCGCAAGUAUUAUGUUCCACAGGCACUGUUUAAGGGAAACAAAUUUGACCCUUACUGCGGAGGUGGAGGUAUCCUUAUCGCAAGUUUCACAGCCCACUCUAUUAUUAGGGAAUCUCAGUAUAUCCCUCUCUUUCCCAUUGAUGAUGUCUAUCUAGGAAUGUGCUUAGCAAGGGCUGGUCUCAAACCCAGCAACCACGAGGGAAUAAAAACAUUGGGAAUCAGAUUGCCAAAUGUGGAUAGCUUUGACCCCUGCUAUUACCGGCACAUGCUGGUGGUGCACCGCUUUGUGCCGUACGAGAUGCUGAUUAUGUGGAACGCCCUGCAGAUUACAGAGCUAAAAUGCAGACAAAAGAGCAGAGUUACUGUUGAAAAGACAAACUCAUUAAACAAGAAGCUUUUGCUUGAAUGAUACCAAAGAACUUUGGUUCCAAAACUUCCAAAAUAUGGUGGGGCAACAAAGCAUCAUUGAUUUUUGGUAGCAGAACAAAUCCUGAAACUGAAAAAAAACAAGACUGAACCUAUGUGCUAUGUUAUGUGCAUUAAUACUAAAAAAAAAAAAAAAAGUUGACUUAUAAUGGUUAAAGCAUUAAUAAAACAAAGAAAGAAGAUACUAUAUGAGUAUUUGCAACAGGUUCUCAAAAAAAUACAUUGAAUAUCGAUGCAAGUGGUAAUUGCAGAUUUCAAAUAUUACCAAGUUAUUGAUAAGCCAUGUUGAUGAUGGACCUAAAUUCAUUAAAAUAAUAUCCCAGGGCAUAAUUUACACUCCCAGGUUAUAAAACAUUGUAUUAAUCACUUCCUCACCAGAUUGUACAUCAACCCAGAACACUGUGUUUGUCGAUCAUACAAAAGAUAUGUGUGCAGCUCUCACUGUGUUUGUUGUACCCUCCUGAAAUAGAUUAUGGCGCAAUAAGUGUGUAUAUAUACACACGCAUACAUACAUACAUACAUACAUACUAUAAAUCCUAAAACUUGGCUUGAAUAAAGUAUAUCUGGGUGUGACAAAGGAAAAUGUUUUCAGGUCAGCAUUAAGAACUGUAAACUAUGAUGGUAAGGGUGGGGACAGAUGUAGAGAGAACAAUUGGCACCUAUGGUAAUCAAAGACCAGGGUUCAAUGUUAAAAUUAGAGAAUGUAAAAGUACUUCUCUGAGAACUUUUGCAAUUUACAUUCAUGAUCUAGUUAUAGCUUAUGGGCAGUUUUAGACUGUUAAUACAAGGUUUUUGGCUAAACAACUGUCUCUAAGUCAGAGUCAGCAAUCCUAGGGUCAGCACAAUACAGAAUAAACUUAGAAAAUGUAUGGACUAUUAAGGUCACUGACACGCUGACCUUCAAAAAAAGCGGUUGAGUGAAAAGCCUGAUAUUAGCAGUUUAAAAGUGCUAAAAAUAGAGAAAAAAUGCUUAUAGAACUCUUUUAAAUAUCCUUACAUAAAUUCACUUUAAUAAUGAACACUGAGCCUAAAAUUGCUCGUGGGGUUAUGGAAUAGUGAUGUAUGUAGGUAGUAAGGAACAUGCAUCCAACCAUAACCUUCAAUUUUCUACUCCUCAUAGAAGGGAUUAAGAGGCAAAACAGAUUAAGGUCAUUGGUAAGACAUAUCACAUUUUUUAGCCCCCAUAGUUCAACUCUUUGAAAAAACUUGGAUAUCAUUGACUCAAAUGGAAACAUGCCGGUGGGAGCAAUUUUCAGCAUGAAAGCCUCAAAGCGUUGUUUUCGCAAAAAAAAAAAAGGAAGCAAAGGGAAGGCACUAUUCAGGCAGCCGACAAGCAAUGGUUUAUAAAGAGGAACCCCUGUAUUUUCAUAAAUGUUGUGAAUGUGUCAAGAUUUGUAGCUACAUCAGACAUUUUGUACCCAGUUUUAACCUAGUUUUUAUAGAAUUUGAAAUAUUUUGUCAGUAAAAGUGCUAUUUUUUUUCCUCAAGGAAUAUGCUAUAAAAUAAAACAGCUCAAAAGAA